CAGUAUUUUUUCAGCACUCGAAGUUACACGUCCAGCAAGUGCAGCAGGCUCCCUGGCAAUGGAAUGGUUCUGGGUUCUGGCAGUGCUCUUGAUACACAGUACAGAUCUAACAAGUGGACGCUGUGAAAGAUCUAUAGAGUUAAAACACGGCUCCGUGACUUAUAGAGGGCGGAGUUAUGUGAGAUUCAGGUGUGAGCGCGGUUAUACGCUGCAAGGAUCCAUGAUGAAAACCUGUGAUCGGAGUGGUCGUCUUCGUGGCGAAAAGCCCUUUUGUGCCAGAAGAGGAUGCAGUGACCCCGGGACUCCUGAGAACGGACACAUCGAAAAGACCUCUCUGAGGGCGGAAAUCAUGUGCCUCGAGGGCUACGUGCUGGUUGGCAGUCGCACAGCCUUCUGCGACGGAGAGAGCUGGACCACCGAGUUGGGAUUCUGCCGGAGGAGCAACCACACAAACGGCCACUACUGCGACUUCGAGAGCGAGGAUCAGUGCGGCUGGGAGGCAGAGGCGAACUUCCGGCAACCCUGGAGGCGGGUCAGCGCGUUGACCGAACUCCACUCCAUAAAUACGGGUCCCCACGAAGAUUUCACCUCCCGCAGAUCAACCUUCACCUCGGCCGGCGGGCACUUCAUGCUCAUGGAGACCCAGAUGGGCGCCUUUGGAACCUACCAUCUGAUAUCGCCGAUCUAUCCCAGGGAGCUCAGCCUGAAGACCGCCUGCUGCUUCCAGUUCCAUUACUUUAUGUUCGGGCGGGGCGUGGAUAGUCUGGUGGUGUCCGUAAAACCCGUCUCGAUGACCGUGAACGACAUGUGGAACAGGUUCAGGGCCAACUCAACGAAAUUCGAGAUGACUGGACCACAGGGAACCGAUUGGCUGGAGCACACUUUCAGUAUUGACGAAAUGCAGGAGGACUUUCAGGUGAUCUUCUCGGCCACGGAUGCGAGGUCCCAGUUCGGAGACAUUGCCAUCGAUGACGUGAGGCUGAUGACGGGAAGUGAUUGUGGCGUCAAUGAGUUUACGACCACCACCGAACCACCGCCACCAUCGAAGACCAGCGGCGAGGAGCGCUUUGCCAUUGACAUGCUGAAUUGCACGGGUCGAUGUGGAUCUCCGGAUCCCGGUUUCCAAAGUACUGCAAUCGGUAUCAUUAUCGGUUGUGCUUGUGACGAUGGAUGCUUGGCGGAGGAUACUUGUUGCCUUAACUAUAUGGAUGAGUGCCUUAAAGAGGGGGACACAACGCCCUAUGACGAUCUGAGCUCAGCAGCACCGCAAACAACACCUACCACUACUACAACUAGCACCAAAAGGCCAGACUCAACGACAGAGAGAACAACCACUUCAACAACGACAACGAAGAGGACUACCACGCCAACAACUACGACAACAACACCAAAGCCACGCACAACAGCAACGAGCACAACCACCACCACAACCACGAAAAGGCCGACAACGCGAAGAACGACAACAACAACGACGUCAACAACACCGAAAACAACACCAAAAACGACACCAAAAACAACACAAAAAACAACACCAAAAACAACACCAAAGAGUUCAACAACGCCAAAGACAACAGCCACAUCGCCUAGAAAAACAACCGCCAAGCAAGUACUUACAACCAAAAAAACCACAACGACACAGAAAACCACAACUACAACCCAGAAAUAUGAUAUGACAACCACCAGCAGAGCAACAACGUUAAGUACUUCGAAGACUCCAGCAAUCGGCACCCCCGAGAAGACGAAGAAGCGCAUCACGUGGAAGGUUGAUCCGCAGGAAAUCGCUGGCCACAUGGACUCGAGCGACAGUGCCCCGAAUCCAGCGCUAAUAGUGCUGUACCUGCUCGUCGGCCUAGUCCUAGUGAUAGUACUGGCCAACGUGGCUCAGCGCUGGGUAAUACCACUCAGCAGAGCGAGAUCCAGUGGCGAGAAGGCUGUGAGUUUCAAAAAGGCAUUCGAGAGUCUGGGAAGACAGCGGAGACGAAAUAGCAUAAACGAUCCACUGUGCGACACCGAUAACGAGGACGGCGAUUAUUUCGAGGAAACGGGCGUCGACAUACGCAAUAGGACCGACCUAUGAGGGCGUUCUAUCGCUUGGGGAGUGCCCAUCGCAUCGGAAAAAACCCUAUAUAAGUUACUUUCGUUUAUGCCUAUUGUGUAGGAAGUUAAGAAACAUAAAAGCGAGAUUAAAACAGAAAACGAAUUGUUAAAAUA